AUGAACUCGUCCAGCUCGGCCCCUGGCCCAGCCGAAUCUAUCCUGGCAACCCUGAACCCAGCACAAUGCCGGGCCGUCACGUCCAAGGCGUCUACAGUCGCCAUCCUGGCCGGUCCUGGAAGUGGCAAGACGCACACUUUGGCCUCUCGUGUCGUCUGGCUCCUGGACAACGUCGGCUAUGCCCCCGCUGACAUUGUUGUCGCCACCUUCACGGUGAAGUCCGCGCGGGAGAUGAAAGAACGCAUCACCAAGGCCCUUGGGGACGACCGUGGGAAAAAGAUUGUUCUCGGCACCUUCCACAGCAUUGCGCGUCGCUAUCUUGCAGCUUACGGUAAACGCAUCGGGUUAGACGAGAAAUUCGCCAUCGCAGAUGAUGCGGAUUCUAGAUCCAUCAUCCAGAGGAUAUGCAAGCGAUUACAGCUUUCGGUUGAUCCUCCGGUUGCAAGAUCAUGGAUUAGCAAGAAAAAGUCAAAGGGCGACAAUCAAACUCCGCAGAAGCGGAACGGCCAGGCGGUCCCACAAAGCCGUGAUCUGGAAACAUGCUUUCGCGAGUAUCAAAUCCACCUCGAGCACUCCAAACUGCUGGACUACGACGACUUGUUGACUCGGUGUGUGGAGCUGCUGCGUAAGCACCCAUCCUGUGUUGCCAACGUUCAGGCUGUGCUUAUCGACGAGUACCAAGACACCAACGGAAUUCAGUACGAGCUCAUGCGGCUGUUCGCUCAGGCAAGGGAGAGAAUCACCAUUGUUGGAGACCCUGACCAAAGUAUUUAUGGCUGGCGAUCCGCCGAGAUCAAAAAUCUGUACCGUCUUCUCAGAGACUAUCCAGACACGGACGAAAUUUCGCUCGAGGAAAACUAUCGCUCGUCGCAGGCAAUCUUGGACGUGUCUUUGAAGGUGAUCCAACAGGACAAGAAACGGUACCAGAAGUUGCUGCUGCCAAUACACAACAAAGGCACCCGGCCGGUCUUGCGGCGUCUCAAGUCUUCCGCCGUCGAAGCCGAAUGGAUCGUGUCUGAGAUCAAGAGGAUUCUGCUGAUGGCGGGUAAAAUGCUUACCCAUGAUGAUGUGGCAAUUCUCCUGCGAUCAGCAUCCCUCUCCAGGCAUAUCGAAUCAGCCCUUGGCAAAUCUGGAAUAGCAUAUCGAAUGGUCGGCGGGUUCAAGUUCUACGAGCGCGCCGAGGUCAAGGUGAUCCUUGACUACCUGCGCGUCAUCCACCAACCAGACAACAAUGAUGCAGUGGCCCGAAUCAUCAACGUUCCUCGCCGUGGCAUUGGAGACAUGACCAUCAAGUCUCUUCUCGAGGAAGCCGAAAGCUCCAAGCUGAGCGUCUGGGCAAUGCUGAACAAGCAUUGCCGAGGGGAACGACAAGCAAAGACGAACAUCAAAAAAGCCAUGGAGCAGAAGAUCAGCGGAGAGCUGCUCAGGUUAGUUUCGGCACUCAGGAAGAAGAUCCAGGAACCUCCCACCGGGAGUCCGUAUUAUCACUUGGUUGAUCUGAUCGAAAACCUGCUUUCGCAACUAAACUUCCAAAAAUAUCUCCAAGAGAACUACCCAGACGAGCACGAGACACGAUGGGCCAAUGUGCAGGAGUUUAUCAGUCUGGCGGGAGAUUUUAUGCGGGAUCUAAGCACAACGGCGGACGAAGAUCGUCUCCCGGUGAUCGACGGAGUCCAACAGGUGCAAGAGAGCGACGCUCUUGGCCGCUUCUUGGCCAAUGUCUCCUUGGCGUCGGACGCCCAGCAAAAAGGCGAUGCUGACAACAAGCCACUGGUGACCAUCUCGACCAUUCAUGCGGCCAAGGGCCUGGAAUGGCCGGUUGUCUUCGUCCCUGCCGUGUAUAAUGGGUCUAUCCCACACAUGAGGUCAGAGGACCUUGACGAAGAACGCCGUCUCCUCUAUGUAGCCAUGACGCGGGCCCAGUCGCUUCUCUAUCUUAGCUGCCCGAUGUACAGUUCGCAGCACGGAGGGAACGGGGGCGAACGUACCGAGUUGUCCAAGUUUGUUCCAUCAGAGAUUCACCCGUACUUUAGAAAACGCGGUCCAUCUUUUGAACCCGGGAUUUUACAAGAAAUCGGACGCAUACUGCGACGAGAGUCCAAGGUGCCGUCGCAAGACAAAGUCUUCAAAGAAAUGCCAGUUCUGGAGCGGCCCGAGGACAACCUGUACCCCGAGGAUCCAGAGGACUCUUUCGAGGAUGGUGCUGGUGGUAGAAACAGGCAAUGGCAGCGGCGUCCUCGUCCACAGGCGGUCUCAGCAUCAGAAGAGGCCGAUUCUCAGCUAGUGUCGACAUGGCAUGCAUCCACGACAAUGGAUGGUGCGUCCGACUUCACACUGCCUGGUUUCACUACUGCGAGCGCAGCUCGGGAAAUGCUUGCCGCCGCGAACGAAAUGGCAGCAUCAGCCCGCCGCAGCGACUCGGGCGCUCAAAAGUCGACUGGGCCUCGAAGGGGAACGACGAAGCGGCCAGCCGACCAGCAGAGUCUUCUGGGGUUUGUCAAAAGGUACAGGCCUGACGUUCCGGUGGCUGCGGAUCCAGUAGCAAGCCGUGCAUUCGCUCCUCAGUCGCGGUCAGCCCUUCAAGAGCUGCCUGAACUUCCGAAUCUGCACCAGGUGCAACAGCCUUCUCCGGCCAUUGCGCCAAGCCUCAGUGGACACAGGCUCGGAGCAACCAAGCUGCCACCCAAGCCUGCGAGACCAGCGAUUGAAGGCGCCAUGGGGCUCAAGAAACACUAUGCCAACUUCUCGAGCUCCCCUCCUCGACCAGCAUCACCCGAGAAAGAAAACCAAGAUGCGGACGAGCCGCCGCCUGUCCGAGAACGGCCAGCUAGUUGUUUGCACGCGACGACAACGACAAACGGGUUUGGAGGGUUCAAGCGACCUGCGGUAUUGAAGAAGGAAGGGGGCAUUGCACCGAUAGACCGGCUGAGGAAACCAUUUAAGCCACUGACGAUUAACAAGUCAUAA